UUCAGAUACACCCAAAAUGGUUUACUGCAUACCCUAGAUAGGAACCGGAGGAUUAAAACUCAUCCUGAGAAAUUUCAGGAGGCAGAUGAAAAGUUUGACAUCCUCAUAACAUGUGAGGAACGGGUUUACGAUCAAGUUCUAGAAUAUAUGGAAAAUAAAACGCCAAUCGACAACUCAAUAGUUCAUGUUAUCAAUAUUGAUAUUCAAGAUAACUUGGAAGAAGCCACCAUUGGAGCCUUUUUAAUCAGCGAUAUGUGUCUUAUGAUGGCGAAAGCUGAAGAUCUAGACAAUGAUAUUGAAGAAGUCCUUCACAAUUUUGAAGAAAGGUGUCAGCGAUCGAUUUUACAUAGCAUUGUUUUUAACUGAAUUUUAGGUUUAGACAAAUAAUUUUAUUGAUAUAAACGAUGUGGGGCAAGUGUAAACUUGUGAAUGAAUAAAAGGUUUGAAUGUUUAUUAUUAUAUAACUAGACUUGAGUGAAAUAAAGUAUAUUUUGUAUUGUAUUAACUUAGCUUUUCGUAUUAUUUUUCGAUGGUCAACAAAUGUAAUUAUAAUUAUGAUUUUUGACUGACGAACUCGAGUGUAUCGUAUCUGUUAUACAACUACUGACACUAUCUUCAAAAAUAAAUCAAUAUAAUUAUU